AUGCCCCGUAGUGGGUACACCCUCCCAAAGCUAUCCGAGGAUGACAACCCGUUCCGCAUUCCCGACGCCGAGACCAUCUUUCGCAUGCGUGACGAGGAGAAGCGAGUGGCGGCCGAACGGAGAGCUCAACUGAGAACGCUCUCCAUUUAUGAAAAGUCCACCGCUUCUUCUCGUCGCGCACAGGCACUGGUUCAUGUCCGUGGUUCAGACUCUUCAUCAGAUGAUGAUGAUGCUGCUGCUGCUACUGCUGAUAAUGAUGUUGAUGAUCGUUAUCGUCAUCUUGGUUCUGCUCCUGCUCCUGGCGCUGGUCCGGGUCGUGGCGGAAGAUCAAAGACGGGCAAGAUGACCGCCCGGGAGAUGCGUGCUGCUAAGGAGAGGCAAAAGGCCAAGGACGAGUUGCUAGCAAAGGCUGGCGCUGCCAUUCGGAGGCAUCAUGCCGGCGAGAAGCAGAACUUGCAGGCCUUUAUCCGCAACAAGCGCAAGAUGUUCGAGAUCAAGUACAAGAUCGGUGUCAAGCUCGACGCCGUGCAGAAGCUCAUGGACGAGGAGCAUCGGCGAAUGGCGGCAGUGAACAAGCAGAAGGACUUGCUUGGCGCGGAAGAGGACAAGUUCCAAGAGUACAAGGACGAGAUCAACGAGAAGCUGCAGGAGGCGGCACAGCGGGCCGAGCACGAGGAGGAGCUCAAGAAGCAGCAAAAGGCCAUCAAAGACGGUCUGACGGAAGAAAUCACUCGGCUCUCGCGCAAGAUCGAUGAACGCGACCGCCUGCUGCACACGUACGAAAAGUACAAGUCCUUCCUCGACGAGCUCGACCGGUCAGCCGCCGAAAAGGCCGCCGCCCAGGCCCGCGUCCUCGGCCACGACGUCGACGCCGACCGCGCCGCUGACGGCGACGACGCGGCGCCCACCGCCGACAAGGCCCGCAUGCUCGGCUCGUCAGAAGCGCUCCUCGACAUUUUCCGCAACCUCGAAGAGUCCAACCUCUUCCUCAUCCAAAACUCUCAGGAGCUACAGGAGCAGCUCACCUCGCUCAACGAACAGCAUGCCACCCAAGCCAAGAACAUCGACGUCCUCGAGGGCCUACCCACCGAGGAGCGUAUCGAGCUCAUCCGCCGCAAGGUCAACGACGUUUACCGCAAGACAAAGGUCGGAACCUCGGAGAUUCUCGACGUCAUCCCCAUGCUCACUAACAUCGAGCGCCGCCUGCAGGAGCUCUUUCGCCACGUCGCCGCCCUCGACGAGUCAGAGGUCGAGGCCGAGGAGAAGGCCCGUGCCAAGCGUGAGAAGGAGAUGAACCGCCGCAAGACAAAGCAGGAGCAGGCCGCCAUCCUCGCCCAGCGCAAGCUCGACCAGGAUCGCCGCGCCCGCCUCCCGCUCAAGCGCAAGGUCGGUAAGCCGCUCAUGCGCCGCUCCAACCCGCACACCAAGAAGCAGACAAAGGUCGACUCGGACGCCGAGAAGCAGCAAGACGCCGAGAUGUACCGCUACUUUUUCCUCUGAGCUACAGUAAACGCCGUUCGCUGUC